CCACGAAGUACUCUCGUUUGUCCCUGACUUCCACUUGCAAGGAGAGACUGCGCCUUUUACAAUCUGCGAUGAAAGAAGUGAGCGAAAAGUCUGGGGUCAUGAGCGAUGUCGUCGACCGACUGUUGCAUUGGUCAUUGCCAUCCAUCCGCUUAGAGUUCGGGGACGGUGUGGCGUCAAGGAUCGAGAGAACACUACCGGCCGGCAGUCGUGCUGAGUUGUUCCGUCUCGAAACAGGAGGGGAUGAUUCGACAGCGGACGCAGAGGAUGAUGGCGAGCGUGAUGGCGCAGCAAGCGGUGGAGGCGAUGGCGGGUCAUUUUGUGGGUCGGAUGAUUCACUUCCGCGUUCUGGCCACGGGUCACAACGUGGCCGCAGAUCGCGCGGGCGACCACCAAGCCGUAGCAGGUCGCGUUCGCAUUUCGAUCGUGUUCGGCCUUUGUGCUGGGAUGAUUCGAAGGAUGGUGCUCUGCAGAGAGGACCUUGCCAUGAUCGAUCUGAACAUGUGUUGGAAUCGAUGGGGCACUGGGAAGGCUCGAAAGCGCCUGAUGUCGUGUUCCUGGAGCCGGUGAAGCUGCUCCAGUUGCUCGGGUUGUUCGAUUUGAGUUGCCCGCGCCACGGGGCCGGUUGUCGUAUGGAUGUGUCCUCUGUCGGUUAUCCUGGGCAGAUAUGUCGCAUUUCGCUCGCAUGUAAGAAGUCAUGUCGUUGGACAUGGCACAGUGCACUGGUUGCGGGAGCUGUGUACUCUUGCAGACUCCAGCACCAGUUGUUCCAUGCGACCGUCACUGCGGGUAUGACAUAUACCGUCCUGAACGACUUAUGCGUUGCGCUUGGGGUAGCGCCUGUGCACAAGCCCACUUUUUACAGUUGCAUGCGCGGUGAGCCGAAUGUGCGUGAGGGUUGGAAUGCAAAGGUUGUCAGGCAGGGCGUGCGGUAUUGCGACUUGGCCAUUGACACGGUUAUGCGAUCAGGGAGACCCGUCACUUUGAUGGUUGACGGUCGCUACGACUCCGCCAGGUCUGCGCAACAUUGCACUGUUACCGCGAUUGAGUGUGAUACUCGUCUUGCGGUGGGUGUUCAUACUCUUCGCCCAAAGAAGGAGGGAAAGGCAUCGAACCAACUUGAGGUUCUUGCUGUUGUGCGCUUGUUGAGAGGCUUGAUGUCGAGGGGGUUGCAGAUCCGGUGUGUUGUCUCCGACGAUUGUGCUGCAUUGGGUCCGCAGUUGGAGCGACUGGGUAUUGAAUGGCAGAAAGAUUGCCAUCAUAAGGUGAAAAACAUUCGCAAGGCACUGAGAAAAGUCGUGACACUGAAGGUUCCAAAGAAAUUGAACAACCCUCAUCAGUGCGUCUCGGAAUCUCAGUUUAUGCAGUUCACGAAGAAGGAGCUGUCGGAUGCCUUGACAUACCGUUUUGGACCUGGGUGUUUGACGGCAAAAGAAGAACGAUUGAAGAAGAGCGACUACGUCGCUGUUGUGAUGAGCAAAAUGUUCCCGUACGGCACGAUGAAAAACAAGCAAUCCCUGCUUGUGGAUGCAGGUGGCGUGAACGAGUUCCAUAUGCAUGAGGUGGGGCAUUGGUUUCUUCGUGCUUCCCAACUUUGCAGAGAUGAGGGCGGCGACUUUGUCACCUUGCUUAAUGAUAUCAUGAUGAUCGCCGACCAUUGGGCAGGGGACCACUCCAGGUGCGUUGCAGACAGAGAGCUUCUAUGCUCAAAGGCGGGUGACCCAUCUCGACUGCCUCUCUACACGCACGACAACCCCGUGUAUGACAUCAUUCGCCAGACGUUGGGCAGGUAUUGCAACACGACCGUUUGUUCGUACUACAAGAGUUCCGUCACACGUCGACGGUUGAGACCUUCCAGGGCACAAUCAUCAUUUACGCGAAGAAGGCCUUGCACUUCGAGAAGUCGUAUGAGCCGCGUUUGGCGAUUGUAGUCAUUCGAUGGAACACUCAUGCAUGGCAGGAUCCCUUGGAGUAUCGUGUCC